AUGAAUUACAAUUUCACAAAUUCACCUCUACAUUUGAGUUCUUCUUCAUCCUCUUCAGAUGAUGAUGUUGAAAAUGUAGAAAUGAUUAAUAGUCUCGAGCAAGAAGAAUGGGCGAUACAUUCUGCUAUCGAAAAUAACAAUGCGGUAAUAGAAUACCUACGUAAUCCACAAAGCAGCCAUGUGAUUCAUGGAGGCUCAGUUCCUGGACGUUCUUUUAUCCAUCGAGAUCGAGAAAGCGCGCAUUGCAGAUUGUUCAACGACUAUUUCUCAGAGAAUCCAAUUUACAACGACACCAUGUUUCGUAGGAGAUAUUGUAUGUCUCGUUCUUCAUUCCUUCGUAUUGUUAAUGUUGUCGAAGACCAUGACAACUACUUUAGACAGCGAAAGGAUACAACUGGAAGACUUGGUUUAUCAUCUCUCCAGAAAGAAACAACCGUCUUUCGGGUGCUAGCUUAUGGUUUGCCCGCUGAUGCUACUGAUGAAUACAUCAAAAUUGGUGAAUCAACAGCAAUCGAAAGUAUGGGAAGAUUUUUUCGGGCUAUUGUGGAAAUAUUCUCAGAGGAAUACUUACGAUCCCCAGCACCUGCCGAUGUUUCAAGACUUCUGAAGAUUGGUAAAGAGCGAGGGUUUCCGGGAAUGUUGGGUAGCUUAGAUUGCAUGCACUGGAAGUGGAAAAAUUGUUUGACCGCUUGGGCUAGACAAUAUGCAGGUCGUAGUGCAUCACCAACUAUAAUUCUUGAAGCUGUUGCGGAUUAUGAUCUUUGGAUAUAA